AUGUUAACAGAUGACUGCGCCGAUAAUCCAUGUGCACUAAAUGCGACUUGUACGGAUUUGGUGAAUGAUUUCCAUUGUGAUUGUCCACCGGGUUUUGGUGGUAAACGAUGCCAUGAGAAAGAGGAUCUGUGUGCGCAUGAUCCUUGCGUUAACGGGCUAUGCGUUGAUGCGCUCUAUUCGCAAAAGUGCAUCUGUGAGCCGGGUUGGACGGGGCCGGUUUGCGAUGUGAACAUCGACGAAUGCGCUGAUCGACCGUGCUUCAACGGUGCAACGUGCAAGGAUCAGGUUGACGGUUUCCUGUGUCAGUGUGCGCCAGGCUUUCAUGGUUCGGUCUGUCAACAUAUGAUGGAUCAUUGUGCGACAUCGCCAUGCCGUAACAAUGCAACGUGUGUGAAUCAAGGUGCGCAGUAUCAUUGUGAAUGUCCUCUUGGCUUUGAAGGAACACACUGUGAGCACAACAUCAACGAAUGCGAUUUGCUUCAUAAAUGCUCUCAAGAAGGUACUGAACUGUGUGAAGAUCUCAUCAACGGAUUCAAAUGCAACUGUCGACAGGGCUAUACUGGUGAACUGUGCGAAAUUCAUAUCGAUCAAUGUGCUUCUGAGCCGUGCAUGAACAAUGGGACGUGUAUCGAUGGUGGUGCGAUGUUCCGUUGUGAGUGUCCACGAGGCUGGAAGGGAACGCGCUGCGAAGAAGACGACGGUUCGUGUGCGUUAGAUCCUUGCCACAAUGAUGCGCAUUGUGUGAACUUGGUAGCCGAUUAUUUCUGUGUGUGCCCAGAAGGUGUGAACGGCAAAAACUGCGAAAUUGCGCCGAAUCGUUGCAUUGGUGAACCAUGUCAUAAUGGUGGUGUGUGCGGUGAUUUUGGCUCCAGACUGGAAUGCACUUGUCCGAAAGAUUAUGUUGGACCUGGAUGUCAAUUCGAGUUGAACGCUUGUCAAGAAGGAGCUUGUCGAAAUGAUGGCAGAUGUAUUGUGACAGAGCAUGGUGGAUACAAGUGCAUUUGUGAACCAGGUUUCACUGGAAGGAAUUGUGAAACAAAUAUCAACGAUUGCUCGCCAUCACCUUGUCCAUUGGCUGCAACUUGCAUUGAUCAGGUUAACAACUAUUUCUGCCAAUGUCCAUUCAAUAUGACUGGCGUGAAUUGCGAUAAAGCGAUUGAUGUGGAUUAUGAUCUGCAUUUCUACGAUGCGUUGAUGACUGCAAGUGCAGCGCUGUCAGUACCGUUCAAAUUCGAUUCGAAUGCAUUCUCAAUUUCGUUAUGGGUCAAAUUCGAUAUGCCACUCUCGCAUGGUACUGUGUUAACGCUCUACAACAGCAAAGAGCCGAAUUAUCCGGCAAAAUUGAGCCAAUUGCUGCAUGUCUCGGCCGAUAACGUUCAUUUGAAUAUGUUUGCCGACGAGACUCCGCUUAGCUUGCAUUUCCCAUCGAAUCAGCGACUCAAUGAUGGUCAUUGGAAUAAUUUGGUGAUCACAUGGAAAUCAGAUGAUGGUGCAUAUUCCUUAAUAUGGAAUGCAGUUCGUAUUUAUGCUGACGUUGGUUACGGUACCCAUAAACAUCUAGAUAUUAAUGCAUGGAUAUCACUUGGUGACCCAAUCAGUGACACUUCAACGGAUUCCAAAUUCGUCGGUUCGGUGACACGAGUGAAUAUGUGGAAAAGAGUUAUUGAUUUUGAGAAUGAAGUACCCGACAUUGUGCAACAGUGUCAACAAUCGCAAGAGAUUUACGAUGGUUUGGUGCUUCGUUUUGCUGGCUACAAUCGAAUGUCAGGUAAGGUUGAGCGAAUCGUUCGAAGUACGUGCGGUCGAGAGCGUACUGAUCUGAGAAGUACAUCAACUGUUCACGUUGAUCGUUGUCCAUCGGAUGUUUUCGUCGUCACACAACAAAAAGAGGUGAAUGUCACUUGGCAAGAACCACGCUUCUCGAGCAAAUAUGGCAUACAGAAUAUCGAACGAAAUCUGAAACCUGGCCAGAUGUUCACGUGGGGUGAAUAUUUGGUGGUUUAUGUGGCCAAAGAUAAUACUUCGCAGGCUGAUUGUGUUUUCAAGGCAUAAGAUCCAUUGCAUGGCGUUCAAGCAUGUGAAUCAUGGGGUCCACAAUUGCGCUAUAAGGCAUGCUCAAUUCAGUGUGAGGCUGGAUAUGAAUUCAGCACUGAGCCACCAAUAUUCUACACUUGUGCUGCUGAUGGCCAGUGGCGACCACGCCAUCCGAACACAUUCAAUUUCCAUUAUCCACCAUGCUCUAAGUCGCUGCCUGCAGUUCGUGUUGCUGAUGUGACCAUCAAUUAUCCGACUGUUUCAAUUUGUAACGCUGCCGGUAGAAAUACACUUGCCGAGAAAAUCUCGCAACGAAUCGAAGUGCUCAACACCAAAUGGAAUAUCUUCCCUCAAAAACGUGAAAACACUCGUACACAAUUCAAUGUAACCGUAACAUGUCUCGUCGAGAAUGAUACACUACGCACAAGACGAAAUGCACAAGAUGACGAUGAAAUAUUCCACGUUGAUAUUGCCAUACCGAUCACAUCUGAGUUAGCUGAAGAUCAACGAACAAACCGUAAAGAAAAGGUGAUUAAUGUACUCGAAAAUGAGAUUCUUUUGAAGGAUAUAUUCAAUCUGGAACAGGUACUACCGAAUGGACGACCAGAUUUGAACUCAUUCAAACUCAGAGAACGAUACGUUUGUGAUGAAGGCCAAGCGAAUGUCAGAAAUCUCUGCGUACCAUGUGCGCCCGGCUCAUUCUUCAAUACGAUAACACGAACUUGUCAGCUGUGUGGAGUGGGUUAUUAUCAACCGAAUGCAGGUCGAACGUCAUGUUUGGCGUGCUCUCAAGGUCAAAUUACUGCAGGCGUUGGCUCUGCGCAAGCAUCUGAUUGCAAACCUGAAUGUGAACCAGGCCACAUGUAUAAUAUGCUCAAUAAAACGUGUGAACCCUGUGGUUUCGCGUUCUAUCAGCCUGCUUCUGGUUCAUUUAGUUGCAUUCCUUGCGGAGUUGGGAAGACAACUCUCACUGAAACAUCCAUUAGUGAUGACGAAUGUCGUGAUGAAUGCCCAGAUGGUGAACAUCUAGUUGAAGCAGGUAUUUGUUUACCAUGUCCACAAGGUACGUAUCGAACGAAAGGUGUUCAUAAAAGUUGUGUGGAUUGUCCGGCAGGCACAACCACUGAAGGAGCGUCAUCUGUACGACGUAUGCAAUGCAAUACACCUCGUUGUACGGCCGGACAAUUCCUUGUUACGGCUAGUAAGCAAUGUCAGUUCUGUCCACGCGGUACAUAUCAAGAUGAGGAACUGCAAACAAUUUGCAAACUUUGCCCAGCUGAUCAUACGACUGCAUCGGAAGGUGCCACCCAAGAAAGUCAGUGUUAUUCAACGAAUCAGUGUACCACUGGCGAGGACGACUGCUCGUGGCAUGCGAUCUGUAUCGAUCUUCCUGAUGACAAUGAUAUUCCUUCAUAUCAGUGCAAAUGUAAACCUGGCUAUAAAGGCAACGGCACGCAUUGUCAAGAUGCCUGUACUAAUUUCUGUUUGAACGAUGGAAUCUGUAAAAAGAACCCAAUUGGUUACGUGGAAUGCGUCUGUAAAGAAAACUUCUCUGGUGAACGUUGCGAAGUUCGAUUCCAACCGCGAACGCAAAAAGUAGCGUUAAUAACGGCUGGUAUCGGUGGUGUUGUUGCAAUCUUGGUGAUAAUCGUUAUCAUAAUAUGGAUGAUUUCGUAUCGUUUCAAUCGCAUAGAUCAGUCUUCCGACGAUACACCCGAAAAAUAUCCCAUCGAUGAAACGGUCCAAAGUAAUUUUCUCUACGGUGCACGUGCGCCAUCGUGCGGCGGUGAACAACUGAGGCCAAUUGGAUACUACUAUGAAGAUGAUGAGGACUAUGAUAUGAAAACGAUGUACGUUACGGAUGAGGAUAAAGAGUUGGAAGAACGAAUUCGACAUGCACAAGCGCACUUGUACACACCAUCGACAACGAAUCGAACUUCUGCUGAUGAUGACUGA